AAGCGGCAUCUUAACUGCAGCAUUACAACUAGAGUUUACAGAUAUUAGUUCAGUAGUUGCCUGAGGCGGGGCAACGCUACUGGUCUUUGACAGUGCCUCCUACGCGUGUGUGAGCGCGUGCGCUGGGCGGACAGUGAACUUGGUGCGCGGAGUUCACAGAGAUGUCAGGGUCACAAGCGGGUCAGGGAGCGCGAGCGGGGGAGGAGCUGUGGGGACACAUGAACACACGCUCACGCACGGACGGAAUUGCAGAACACUUUGAACGGCUAGCUCAUUCAUUUUACCGGAUAAUUUCCGCAAGUUUCCCCAUGCUCCUGUUACCUUUUCACCUCUCAUCCCAGGGCUUGGAGAUCCUGCACACAACGUUUAAGUCUAAAGCUCAGCCUGUCUAUGUACAGGACACAAUUCCUAAGCAAAACAGAAGACACGAGUCCCUUUAUUUAAUGCACGUGCGUGAUUGUUUUUGGCACCUUCAGGCAGCUGCCAUGAUAACAUGAGCACAUGAGAACUCAUCCAGGUUUUGCGUUCAGCCUACCGGAACGUGGUGGUGAAAUGUAGGCUCCACCACGCGCUACCCCCGGAGAACUUCUGAGGCACACUUGGACGGUCAUGAGGGGUGUACUCUUUAUGUGCCGUGUCCUAGUGAACUGAGGUGAGCCCGUAAACGCUGAACACGGCACCAGGUUGUCUCUGUGACAUGCACGCGCACGCUCACUUAGGUCGUAAAAACACUUUACGCUGAUGUGCCUCUGUUUACUCUGUGCGUAGCCCGAGGAUAACCUCGCGCGUCUGUGCGCGUGCGAGCGCACUGACCCAGGUUUGAACCCGGUGCUGAUAUCACUUUAUAACAUGACUCCAGAUUUACUGCUGGAUUCUCAAGAGUUGGUGACCGCAGUCCACGCUGAAGAACGAGGCUCAUGGUGUACAGCAGAGCGCCGCGCUGCAGCCUCUAUAGGGCUGCACUUUGAAUGACAGCAGCCGGAUUCACGGGAGGCGGAUUAAUGCGCUAUGGAACUGUGGAGAGUUGGCUCUGGGUUGAAUGUGGUCCACCCUGCAGGCAGAUUAGCACUACGGAGGCCUAAACGAGUGGCCUCUCGGAAAACAAAGACGUCUUGGCACUCAGUCAUUGUUUUACUGAAAGCAGCACCUUUUCUCAGUGAAAUGUCCCUGUUACGGGAGGUAAGGAUUAAGCUGGGACUGAACAAAUGGUGGAGCGCGCCAACAGCACAGGUCGUAGGCGGGGCAUUGACAGCCACAAUUAAAGAUGAACUUUGUGUGAACUAAUUUAUGUGAGGGAGGAGAGCGAGGAGCCUAUAAGAGGCCUCACGGCAGCGCGGCUGUCACACUCUCUGAGAACUCCUCACUGCACCAUGGCUCUGAGCACGCUGCUGGCCACCUUUCUGUGCACUAUAGUCCUUCCCGUACUGCUCUUCCUAGUGGCACUUAAGCUAUGGGAGGUUUACUUGCUGAGAGGCCGGGACCCCGGCUGCCCCCGGCCGCUGCCCCCGGGUUCCAUGGGUUUGCCUUUUCUCGGGGAGACGCUACAGCUCAUCCUCCAGAGGAGAAAGUUUUUACGCAUGAAGCGCCAGAAGUACGGCUACAUUUACCGCACACAUCUGUUCGGUAAUCCUACCGUGCGCGUGAUGGGAGCAGACAACGUCAAGCAAAUUCUGACAGGGGAGCACCGGCUUGUCUCCGUUCAGUGGCCUGCUUCUGUGCGCACCAUCCUGGGCUCAGACACUCUGUCCAGCGUACAUGGAUCACAGCACAAGUCUAAGAAGAAGGCCAUCAUGCGGGCUUUCUCCAGGGAGGCUCUGGAGCUCUAUGUCCCUGUGAUCCAGGAGGAAGUGCGCACUGCGGUGCAGGACUGGCUGUCCCGGGAUGCCUGUAUACUGGUCUACCCUGACGUGAAGCGCCUCAUGUUUCGUAUUGCCAUGAGGGUCCUGUUGGGUUUCGAGGCAGAGCAGAUCAGAACACAGGAGCAGCAGCUGGUGGAGGCCUUUGAGGAGAUGAUCCGAAAUCUCUUCUCUCUGCCCAUAGACGUGCCCUUCAGCGGCCUGUACCGGGGGCUGAAGGCCAGGAACUUCAUCCACUCCAAAAUUGAAGAGAACAUCAAGAAGAAGCUACAGGACUGUGAGAAGGGCUCUCGGCCCCGGGACGCUCUCCAACAGCUCAUUGACAGCAGCUGCAAGAACGGAGAGCCCCUCAGUAUGCAGGCUAUUAAAGAGUCCGCCACAGAGCUUCUGUUUGGAGGCCAUGAGACCACAGCCAGUACAGCCACCUCUCUGGUCAUGUUCCUGGGCCUCAACCCCGAUGCGGUCAGCCGUCUCCGCCUAGAGCUCCUGGAGAAGGAGGAGCAGGGCAUGGACCCUCAGAACCUGACCAUGGAGUGGCUGGAGCAGCUCAAAUACACCAGCUGUGUGAUCAAGGAGACACUGCGGCUCAACCCUCCUGUCCCCGGUGGUUUCAGAGUUGCCCUCAAGACCUUUGAACUCAAUGGUUACCAGAUCCCCAAAGGCUGGAACGUCAUCUACAGCAUCUGCGACACACAUGAUGUAGCUGAAAUCUUUCCCCACAAAGAGGAGUUCCAACCAGAGCGCUUCCUGUCCAAGCCCUGCUCCGACUCGGCGCGCUUCCAGUACAUUCCCUUCGGUGGGGGCAGCAGGAGGUGUGUGGGAAAGGAGUUUGCCAAAGUCCUGCUGAAGAUCUUUCUCGUGGAGCUGGUGUCCAAGUCCCAAUGGACUCUCCUGAAUGGGCCCCCCACCAUGAAGACUGGACCCACGGUGUACCCUGUGGACAAUCUGCCCACCAAGUUCAUGAGUUACAACUCAUGAAAUUUUGUAAAUAUGUUGUUUGUAAAACCAGAGGCACUCGCACAUGGGACACUUGAGUCCAUGAGCCUAUGUAUUAUAGACUUGUGUACAUAUGUAGAUUUAACUUUUAUACUUUUCACUUAUUUAAGUGACUACUAAAAUGUAUG